GAGAGCGGUGUUCCAUCCCGUGGAUGCCGCUCUUGAAUUUGAAUUUGAAUCUGAAUUUGAAUUUCCCGGUGGGCUAAUCAAUUAAUUUACAUACAACAAUAGCUAUGGAAGGCGGCGAACUGAGCUAUCUCGAAGACAUGCGAGGCAAAUGGCAAUGCUGCGAGUGGCUCAAAGGCCACGUCAUCGGCUCCGGCUCCUUCGGCACCGUGAACCUCGCCAUCGACACCUCCACCGGCUCCCUCUUCGUCGUCAAAUCCGCCACCACCGACGCCGGCAUCUCCUCCCUCAAGAACGAGGCCGACAUCCUCCACGACCUCGACUCCCCCUACAUCGUCAAGUGCAUGGGCAAAGACGGCCACACCCUCUUCUUCGAGUACAUGGGCGGCGGCAGCAUCUCCGACAUGAUGCACAAAUUCGGCGGCGCCCUCCAGGAAAAGCUCAUCCGCCUCUACACCCGCCAGAUCCUCCUCGGCCUCGACUUCCUCCACCGCUCCGGCAUCGUCCACUCCGACAUCAAGUGCAACAACGUCCUCGUCUCCGCCUCCGGCACCGUCAAGCUCACCGACUUCGGCUGCGCCCAGCGCACCCCUCCCUGCCGGGGCAUCGGGGGCACUCCUCUCUGGAUGGCCCCCGAGCUCCUCCAGGGCCACAAUCUCGACUUCGCGUCCGACAUCUGGUCCCUCGGAUGCACCGUCAUCGAGAUGGCCACUGGCAGGCCGCCCUGGGACGGUCCCUCUGACAAUCCCAUGGCGGCCAUGCUCAGGAUCUCGCAGGGACACGAGCUCCCUCGUUUCCCUGCCAACUUCUCCCCUGAGGGACUGGAUUUCCUGUCCAGGUGCCUGGACAGGGAUCCGAGGAAGCGGUGGUCCAGCGAGAUGCUGCUCGACCACCCCUUCCUCAGGAUGGGGGACGUCGCGCUGUCCCCCACUAGCGUCCUGGACGUUGCUGCGGGUUAUGAUUCCGAUUGUUGUCACACUACUGACGAUGAUGAGGACGACGAUGGCAACGAUGACGGGUUUGCGAGGGUAGUUCCCUUCUCGAUGGAGCCGAGAAAUGGAUGGAAAGAUGAUCAGUCUGAGGCAUCAUCGGAUGGGUGGAUCACUGUGAGGACAAGCUAGAAAUUACUACUAAAUAGAGAGUGAUGAAUACAAUACAAGGUUUUGCCUUUGUAUAGAAGAAGAAGAAGAAGAUGUUAUGACUACUAAUUAGACAGUGGUUUGUUUAGGUUCUUGUGUAGCUUUGGGUUGCCUCUCAACUAUGUGCAAAGAAAGCCAUGUGAAAAAAGAUGUUUUCUAGAGGGUGUAUAGUAAAACCGCACGCAUGUAAUGCGGCUGGAUCAUUCAUAAUUUGUAAAUUUUGAAGAUAUAUAUGUUACAUAUAUACAUCAUGGGUUGAGAUCU